AUGGCAAUAAGGGAAUUGCAGAUUCGUCCAAAUCCUCAACUACUCGAAAUUCUCCAUGCUUGGAGCGGUGGCGCGAUUCGAGCCGAACAGACGACAAAGCAUCGACUCGAUGUGAUUCUCGAUCGUCCGGAAAUGAACAAUUGUCUGUCUGGGCAGAUGAUGCUCGAUUUGGCCGAAAACGCCAAGAAGUUCGAUGACGCCGAGAACGCGUUGAUCGUCAUCCAGGGAGCGGCGAAGUCGUUUUGUUCGGGCGCCGAUCUCGGCUUGAUCAAAGACAUAUCGGACAGGAAGCUCGGCGUCGCCAUGUUCGAGUACAUGUCGUCGAUAUUGAAAUCGAUUCGACGGUCGCCGGCGAUCGCCGUCGCCAAAAUCCACGGCCAUUGUCUCGGCGGCGCCAGCGAGUUGUGCUCGUCGGCCGACAUUCGGAUUGCGCAUCGCGACGCGAAAAUCGCGUUCUUCCAAUCGAAAAUGGGCAUCGUGCCGUCGUGGGGUGGCGCCGAAUACCUCGAGGAUAUAAUGGGACGAGGGAAAGCGCUGAAAUCGAUGACGACGGCGCGUGUAAUGACGGCACGAGAUGCGCGCAAAUUGGGAUGGAUCGACUACGUCUACGAGGACGAGGAUGAAGCUCAGAAGUUCCUGUCGUUGCUUCUCAGCAGCGGGCCGGAAGUCACGAGAGCGCAAAAGGCGAUGCUGAACGCAGUGAAGGUUGGAGUCGACGCCGAGAAAGAAGUCUUGGAGUCGGUGUGGAGCGGCGAGACGCAUCGGAUGGCUCUUGAGAAGCAGCUCAACGCGGUUGUCAAGAAGAAGACGAAGUAG